AUGUCUAUGCCCCGACAAGAGACCGAGACCGGGCCGGGCGGCGGGAUCCCGGCGGACCAGUGGGCCGCCACCGCCGCCUUGGCAGCAGGAGCAGCCGCCGUCCGCGACCGGCCAGAAGCAGAAGAAGAGAGCCGGUCGUUUUUGCUUCAUCAUGACCUGGACGAUCCGGACAACAACAACGCGGGUGACAUCGAGGACUUGGAAGCCCUUCAACCGACGUCCAGCCGCCGAGCCCUCCUUGGAGCGCCGCCGGACGAGGAGGACGCAUCCUGGACGCCGCCGCGGGGCUUCGCCUGGAUGCAGGUCGCCAUCAUGACCAACGUCUUCCUGUACGGCUUCGACGGCACCGUCACCGCGUCCACAUACGCCGUCAUCAGCUCCGAGUUCGCCGCCGCCAACAAGGCCGCCUGGCUGACCACCGCCUACCUCAUCACCGCCGCCGCCUUCCAGCCGCUCUACGGCCGCGUCUCCGACAUCUUUGGCCGCCGCGCCUGCUUCGCCGUCUCGUCCCUCGCCUUCGCCGCGGGGUGCCUGGGCUGCGGCCUGGCGCCGGGCGUGCUGAGCCUGAUUGGCAUGCGGGCGCUGGCCGGCAUCGGCGGUGCCGGGUUAAUGACGAUGGCUACCAUCAUCAACUCGGACCUCAUCCCCUUUCGCAAGCGCGGCAUGUACCAGGCCAUGCAGAACGGCAUCGUCGGCUUCGGCGCCAUCUGCGGCGCCGCGUUCGGCGGGAGCAUCGCCGAUUCCGUGGGCUGGAGGUGGUGCUUCCUCGCGCAGACGCCGUGCGCCCUCGCCGCGCUCGUAUUCGGCGCCCGGGUGCUCCCUAAGCCGACGCCGGGCGGCGUCACCGCCUCGUCUGGACGGCUCGGCCUGGUCUGGAGGCGCGUCGACUUUCGCGGCGCGGUGCUGCUCGUCGCCGCCAUCUCAGCACAGCUGCUCGGGCUGAGCCUCGGCGGCAACGAGCUGCCGUGGAGCAGCCCCUGGGUCGUUGGGCUCGUGGUGCUGAGCGUGGCGCUGCUCGGGCUGUUCCUCCGCGUGGAGGCGACGACGAGCGCCAUGCCCAUCAUCCCGUUGCGGCUCUUUAAAGGGAGACUGCCGGUGCUGAUCCAGACUGCCAAUUUCUUGGCGGGUGCUGCUGCCUAUGCUGUGAGUCAGGCAUGGAAUCUAUUUUGGGCCGUUCUGUUAGAGCCUGCCGCAAAGGCCGGCGCUCGUCUGGCCGUUCCAUCCCUCGCCGGUCCUCUCGGCGGCCUCGUGGCAGGCAUCGUCAUGUCACGCUGGGGGAAGCUCGUGCCGCUUGUGCGAGUCGGUGCGUUCUUCAUGCUACUCGGAAACACCCUGACGGCCACCCUUGCCUUUUCAGACUCGUCUUGGAAGUAUUUUGCGUACAUCUUCCCCGCCAACUUUGGCCAAGGCAUCGUCUAUCCAUCCAUUCUCUUUACUUCGCUCGCUUCUUUCGAGCACGCCGAUCAUGCAGUUUCCGCUUCGACCGUAUAUCUCGUCCGAUCUCUUGGUACAAUGUGGGGGGUCUCGAUAACAGCAGCCAUCCUGCAGACCACGCUCAGCGUCGGCCUGCCGGAGGCUUUGGGUGAUGUUCCAAAUAAAUGGAAAAUCAUCGACGAUAUCCGACACUCGGUGGAUGCCCUCCGCGACCUAUCGCCGGACAUUCAGCUCAAGGUACAGCACGUUUACUACGACGGUAUCCGGUAUUCGUUUAUGGCCUCUUCAUUUGCAACUGCUUUAGUUCUCAUUGCCGCAUUGCUAGCCAGCUCUACUGCGCUGCGCAAGACCCACUAG